UGAGCAGUGCACUGCAACUCUAAGGAAAUGCACUUGCAGCCAUUUUCUGCUCUUUGUGUUACAGGGAUUAGUGUACAGCGGGCAUUGUGGCUAGACUAGAGCAUCACUUGGACAAGCCCAAUUUAAAAUACUAAACAGGGAACAUAAGGAAGACACUGCAUUUCAACAGCAUCCAUAUCGGGCAUGCAAAAAGCAGAUUAAGUGUGUUGCUAAACUGUCACCAUGACAACCCACGUGACUCUGGAAGAUGCCCUCUCGAACGUGGACCUGUUGGAGGAGCUGCCUCUUCCAGACCAGCAGCCAUGUAUCGAGCCCCCUCCCUCAUCCAUCAUGUACCAGGCUAACUUCGAUACCAACUUUGAAGACAGAAAUGCAUUUGUUACGGGGAUUGCCAGAUACAUUGAACAGGCCACUGUUCACUCCAGCAUGAAUGAGAUGCUGGAGGAAGGUCAUGAGUAUGCAGUCAUGUUGUACACGUGGAGAAGCUGUUCAAGAGCCAUUCCUCAGGUGAAGUGUAACGAACAGCCCAACCGUGUGGAGAUCUAUGAGAAGACAGUGGAGGUGCUGGAACCGGAGGUUAAUAAACUGAUGAAGUUCAUGUACUUCCAGCGCAAAGCCAUUGAGCGGUUCUGCAACGAGGUGAAGCGUCUGUGCCAUGCGGAGAGGAGGAAGGAUUUUGUGUCAGAGGCCUACCUCCUGACCCUGGGGAAGUUCAUUAACAUGUUUGCAGUGCUCGAUGAACUGAAGAACAUGAAGUGCAGUGUGAAGAACGACCACUCUGCUUAUAAGAGAGCGGCCCAGUUUUUAAGGAAGAUGGCUGACCCCCAGUCCAUUCAGGAAUCUCAAAAUCUCUCCAUGUUUCUGGCUAACCAUAACAGAAUAACACAGUGCCUUCACCAGCAGCUUGAGGUGAUUCCAGGCUACGAAGAGCUGCUAGCUGACAUUGUGAAUAUCUGUGUGGAUUACUAUGAAAACAAGAUGUACCUGACGCCCAGCGAGAAACACAUGCUUCUGAAAGUCAUGGGGUUUGGACUGUACCUGAUGGAUGGCAACGUGAGCAAUAUUUACAAACUGGAUGCCAAAAAGAGGAUCAAUCUUGGUAAAAUUGACAAGUUUUUCAAGCAGUUACAGGUGGUCCCUCUGUUUGGUGACAUGCAGAUUGAACUUGCCAGAUACAUUGAGACCAGCGCUCACUAUGAGGAGAACAAAUCCAAGUGGACCUGCACACAGAGCAGCGUCAGCCCUCAGUACAACCUCUGUGAGCAGAUGGUCCAGAUUCGGGAUGAUCACAUCCGCUUCAUCUCUGAACUGGCCCGCUACAGCAACAGCGAGGUUGUGACUGGAUCAGGACUGGACAGUCAGAAAUCGGAUGAAGAAUACAGAGAACUCUUUGACCUGGCCCUUAGGGGGCUCCAGCUGCUUUCCAAAUGGAGUACCCAUGUCAUGGAGGUGUACUCAUGGAAAUUAGUGCACCCUACUGAUAAAUUCUGUAACAAAGAUUGCCCUGGCACAGCAGAGGAGUACGAGAGAGCUACCCGGUACAACUACACCAGCGAAGAGAAGUUUGCUCUUGUGGAGGUGAUUGCCAUGAUAAAGGGGCUGCAGGUCCUCAUGGGGAGGAUGGAGAGCGUUUUCAACCAGGCCAUUCGGAACACCAUCUACUCUGCGCUGCAGGACUUCGCACAGAUGGCCCUGAGGGAGCCCCUGAGACAGGCUGUGAGAAAAAAGAAAAACGUCCUCAUAAGUGUUCUUCAAGCAAUUAGAAAGACAAUCUGUGACUGGGAGGGUGCCCGGGAGCCCCCCAAUGACCCCUGUUUGAGAGGAGAGAAGGACCCCAAAGGAGGCUUUGACAUUAAAGUACCCCGGCGUGCUGUUGGGCCUUCGAGUACGCAGCUGUACAUGGUGAGGACCAUGUUGGAGUCUCUCAUUGCGGAUAAGAGCGGCUCCAAGAAGACCCUGAGAAGCAGCCUGGAUGGGCCCAUAGUCCAGGCUAUUGAAGAGUUCCACAAACACUCCUUUUUCUUCACCCAUCUGCUCAAUUUCAGCGAAGCCCUGCAGCAGUGCUGUGACCUCUCCCAGCUCUGGUUCCGAGAGUUCUUCCUGGAGCUGACGAUGGGGCGUAGAAUCCAGUUCCCAAUCGAGAUGUCCAUGCCUUGGAUUCUGACAGACCAUAUUCUCGAGACCAAAGAGCCUUCCAUGAUGGAGUAUGUUCUGUAUCCCUUGGAUCUUUACAAUGACAGUGGAUACUACGCUUUGACAAAAUUUAAAAAGCAGUUUCUCUAUGACGAAAUUGAAGCUGAGGUGAAUCUGUGUUUUGACCAGUUUGUUUACAAGUUGGCAGACCAAAUAUUUGCUUACUAUAAGGCAAUGGCUGGCAGUGUUCUCCUUGAUAAGCGAUUCAGAGCUGAAUGCAAGAACUACGGAGUGAUUAUUCCCUAUCCACCAUCCAACCGAUAUGAGACUCUACUAAAACAGAGACAUGUACAGCUUCUGGGCCGCUCCAUUGAUCUGAACAGAUUAAUUACACAGAGAAUAUCGGCUGCUGUGUACAAGUCCCUAGACCAGGCCAUCAGCCGCUUUGAGAGUGAAGACCUGACCUCCAUUGUGGAACUGGAGUGGCUGAUGGAAAUCAAUCGCCUGACUCACCGCCUGCUCUCGAAGCACAUGACCCUGGACAGCUUUGAUGCCAUGUUCAGGGAGGCCAAUCACAACGUCUCUGCUCCCUACGGGCGCAUCACUCUCCACGUCUUCUGGGAGCUGAACUUUGACUUCCUGCCCAACUACUGCUACAACGGCUCCACCAACAGGUUUGUGCGAACAGCAAUCCCCUUCACUCAAGAACCACAGAGAGACAAACCCGCCAAUGUGCAGCCAUACUACCUGUAUGGGUCUAAGCCCUUGAACAUUGCUUACUCCCACAUCUACAGCUCCUAUCGGAACUUUGUGGGUCCUCCUCACUUUAAGACGAUCUGCCGUCUUCUGGGGUACCAAGGGAUUGCAGUGGUGAUGGAAGAGCUGCUGAAGAUUGUCAAGAGCCUGCUGCAGGGAACAAUCCUUCAGUAUGUGAAAACGCUGAUAGAAGUGAUGCCCAAAAUCUGUCGCCUUCCAAGGCAUGAAUAUGGAUCUCCAGGUAUUCUGGAGUUUUUCCAUCACCAACUCAAAGACAUCAUAGAGUACGCAGAGCUGAAAACUGAUGUGUUCCAAAGUCUUCGAGAAGUGGGGAACGCCAUCCUGUUCUGUCUCCUCAUCGAGCAAGCUUUGUCCCAAGAAGAAGUUUGUGAUCUACUUCAUGCAGCACCAUUUCAAAACAUCCUGCCCAGAGUCUACAUAAAAGAGGGAGAGCGUUUAGAAGUGCGGAUGAAAAGACUAGAGGCAAAGUAUGCGCCACUUCAUCUGGUUCCCCUGAUUGAGAGGCUUGGGACCCCUCAGCAAAUCGCCAUUGCUAGGGAAGGGGACCUGCUGACCAAGGAGCGCCUCUGCUGCGGCCUGUCGAUGUUCGAGGUGAUUCUGACCCGAAUCCGCAGUUACUUGCAGGAUGCAGUGUGGAGGGGGCCUCCUCCCACCAAUGGAGUGAUGCAUGUGGAUGAGUGUGUGGAGUUCCAUCGGCUCUGGAGCGCAAUGCAGUUUGUCUACUCUAUCCCAGUGGGGACCAAUGAGUUUACUGCUGAGCAGUGUUUUGGAGACGGGUUGAACUGGGCUGGCUGUUCCAUCGUUGUCUUGCUGGGACAGCAGCGUCGCUUUGACCUCUUUGAUUUCUGUUACCACCUUUUGAAAGUCCAGAGGCAGGAUGGCAAAGAUGAGAUAAUCAAGAAUGUGCCCCUGAAGAAAAUGGCUGACAGGAUCCGAAAGUACCAGAUUUUAAACAACGAGGUUUUUGCCAUUUUAAACAAGUAUAUGAAGGCAGUGGAAACGGACAGUUCAACCGUGGAGCAUGUGCGCUGCUUCCAGCCCCCUAUACACCAAUCAUUGGCCACCACCUGUUGAAAACAGCACAUGACUGGCCUGUGAGCUAGCAACCUGUCCGCCUGGUCACCUGCAAGCUGGUAUUAAGAGUGUUAUACAUGCCCUGUACAUGCUGUUCAAAAUGAACAACCUGUUUGCCUUGCGUGAUAGACUGAGAACUUUCAACUGACCUUAGCAUGCUCCUUGUGAAUUCCUUCAAAAGUUUAAGUGCACCAUGUCCAAAGUCGCCGUGUAUAAAACGAUACCUCGCUGGUGUUUACAAGCAGUUUAUCAUCGAUACGGUCUCUGAAGAUAUCAAGUAUUUUCAAACUCAUUAAUCCUACAAUCCUGUUUAGCAACUUGAGGCAUCAGAUUACUUUCUUAAUAUGAAAAUCUAAACAAUAAGAAAUGCUAUUUUACUGUAUAUAAUAAGGCGUGUAGAAAAUGUGACUUGACAGAAAAUAAUACAUUGUGUAGAAUUAAAGGUAAACAAUAAGACAUUAAUGGGGAAGAGCUUUUGGCCAUGCUGUCCAUGAUAUAAAUACACAACUCUUGUAAAUACCGUACAAACAGUGCUGGUCAGGCCAACCAGCUCCAUAGUGUCAAUUGAAAUCCUGUUUGAAGUUUUUGACAAGUUGUUUUAAUAGGAGUUAAUGUCAUCUCACUUCAACAUAAACUGCUUUUAAGCUGCAUCCACACUGCACACAAGCGAAUAAUUUAGAAGUCACUGCACUCUAAUGGCAGUGUCCACAUUAGCAGCGAGCGACGUCGCUUUGAGAACAUUUUGCAUUGCUACAAUAGAAUCCGUUUCUUUUUUUGCGUGACUGGAAUGAAACUGACCAAUCAGAAACAAGGUAAACACUCUUGACACACGUCAAACACCCUCCUCAAAACAAGACGACGAAAACUUAAUUGGAGGUGCAGCAGUAUCCAUUAUUAUAUGAUUGCAAACUCAACAACUACAAAGACAUCCAGCAGAAUGGGUGGCUGGGUGGCUUGCAGGUGGUGCAUUUAGCAUCACCAAGACAAUUUCUUUCUGAUUAUGCAAGUUACAUAAAAAUAAACCAGACCGUACAUGCGGUCUACAUGUACAGCAUUUAAAUGAAAAAUGUGCACUUUUUUUGCUAACUUUUAAAAACGACACAAAGGUUCUGCAUUUACACAACUUGGAUCAUGUGACCUAAUUCUAAGCGAUGGCUUUUUUUUGGUUUGUUUGUUUUUAUGAGAAAUAACAUUUUUUUCACUAAAUUGUUCUGUGGCACAAAUCUGUGACAAGAAGGUCUUUACAUACGCAUAAAGCAAAGUUUUGUGGAGAUUCACCAAACAAGCAAAAAUAUUAUCGAGGUCUUGCUAUUCUAUACAUUAUAAAGCAAAGCCAGUAAUAUGAUUGUAUUCUAUGUGACACAUCCCAACAUUACCAAGCUCAUACAUAGUUUUGAAGAUUAUGAGCCAUAUUUAGAAAGCAUUUUCUGUC